GCAUCAUCCCGGAUCCCCCUCUUAUGUUUUUAAAAAUUUGCUGAUUUGUUCUAGGAUCCAUCCCUGUGAGAAGUCUUUUGUGUUAAAAAGUUAUAAACAAUUCGAAUUGUGACAAUCAAAAGUCGUCAGUAACAAAAUGGAUCGUUUACUAAGAUUAGGGGGUGGAAUGCCGGGACUUUCGCAGGCUCCACCACCACAGGAUGCCCCGGUUGUCGAUACUGCCGAACAGGUAUACAUUUCUUCUUUGGCUUUGCUCAAGAUGUUAAAACACGGGCGUGCCGGCGUUCCCAUGGAAGUUAUGGGAUUAAUGUUGGGAGAAUUCGUCGAUGAUUACACGGUUCGCGUAAUCGACGUCUUUGCCAUGCCCCAAACCGGCACCGGUGUCAGUGUUGAAGCCGUCGAUCCGGUCUUUCAAGCGCGGAUGUUGGAUAUGUUACGACAAACAGGCCGACCUGAAAUGGUGGUCGGCUGGUAUCACUCUCAUCCCGGAUUUGGCUGUUGGCUGUCGGGGGUAGACAUCAACACCCAACAGUCAUUCGAAGCGCUUUCAGAGCGGGCCGUUGCCGUAGUGGUCGAUCCAAUCCAGUCUGUUAAAGGGAAAGUGGUGAUAGACGCUUUCAGGUUAAUCAAUCCAAAUAUGAUGGUAUUGGGACAAGAGCCGCGACAGACUACCUCAAAUUUAGGUCACUUACAAAAACCAUCGGUGCAAGCUUUAAUUCACGGCCUGAACCGCCACUACUACUCCAUAAGCAUCAAUUAUCGCAAGAACGAAUUAGAGCAAAAAAUGUUAUUAAAUCUCCACAAGAAAUCCUGGAUGGACGGUUUGACCUUAGCAGAUUACAGCGAGAACUGCGGAAUAAAUGAAAGAACCGUUUCUGAUAUGUUGGAUCUCGCGAAGAACUACAAUAAGGCACUAGAGGAAGAGGAAAAAAUGACACCCGAGCAGUUGGCAAUUAAAAAUGUCGGCAAGCAGGAUCCGAAAAGGCAUUUGGAGGAAAAGGUGGAUGUGUUGAUGACAAAUAAUAUCGUUCAGUGUCUAGGAGCGAUGCUCGAUACUGUUGUAUUCAAAUAAUUCUUAUUAAAUGUAGGCUUUUUAUAUAGACAGUAUUUAUUUCUGAUCUACACGAAGCGAAGUUUUUGUAAUAAUCAUCUAUACUUUAUAAUAAAAGUUGCUUUUUUUUAUUUCGAGGGGAA